AUGGAAUUGGCAAUCACGAACGAUAACACAAGUGCAGGUUCGUCUGGGUCCCUAAAGUUACUUGAUAUGCCAUCCUCUCCGGCUAUAAAGGAAUAUCAAAGUGAAAUAAUAAAAGAAUCUACGCAAACUGAUAUUGAAGAAGGACAAGUGUAUCAGGACAAGCAAACUGUAGCUGCUGCAAUGAAGCACUUUUCUGUGAUGCACAAGUUCCAGUUCAGAGUUAAAAGAUCUAGUCAUAGAAGGGGAAUUAUGCUGACAGCAAGCACAAUGGAUGCAGCAGGAACAAUAUUGCCUUUGGCAUAUGCAGUGGUUGAUUCGAAAAACGAUGCAUCGUGGAAGUGGUUUUUUGAGCAAUUCAAGCUAGCAUAUGGUGAAAGAACUUCAAUGUGUGUUGUUUCAGAUAGGAAUGAGAGUAUCCUGAAGGCAACAUCAAUUGUCUAUCCGGGCGUGUCACACUACUCUUGCGUGUGGCAUAUUUGGACAAAUAUAAGGGCAAAGUUCAAGAAGGGUCAUCUACAAUUAAAUGAAUCGUACUUUGCUACAACAGGAUCAUACACUAUGGAUGAAUUUAAUGAAAGGAUGUCGAAGAUUGAAGAGAUAGACCCUCAUGUUAAAUCAUACCUCUAUGAUAUUGGCUAUCAUAGAUGGUCAAGAGUACAUGCAACGGUGAAUAGAACUUGGACUAUGACAUCAAACAUCGCAGAGUCGUUGAAUGCUGUAACAAAAUAUGCAAGAGAGCUGCCUAUAUUUGACCUAUUAGAGUAUAUGAGGACACUUCUUGAACGUUGGACGAAAGAGAAGUUGUUGAAGGCAAAGGGUACUUUCACAUACCUUGGGUACAAAUUCAACAAAGAAUUGGAGAAAAACAGUACAUUAUCUCAGAAACUUAGGGUGAGGGCUUCAACAGAUCUUAUCUAUACUGUGAUAGAUGGUGUGAAGCGGUACAUUGUGUGUCUUGAAAACAAGAAAUGUACUUGUGGCCAGUUCCAACUUGAUGAACUUCCAUGUGCGCAUGCUUUGGCAGCUUUAAGGGACAGGAAUGAAGGAUAUGAAAAUUAUUGCUCGCCGUAUUACACAAGGGAGAGCCUACUCCGUACAUAUGAAAUACCAGUAAAUCCCCUUCCUGAUGAAAGCAAAUGGAAUGUGCCACAACAUAUAUCUGAUGAAGUAGUAAAACCACCUACGGGAGAGAAAAAGCAGCCAGGAAGACCUCAAAAGGAAAGAUACAAAACAUAUGAUGAACUAAAGUCAAAGAAGUACAAGGUGUCAUGUGGAAACUGUGGAGGCAUCUAA